AUGGGGAUGGGGUGCACGAUCGGUUCAAGAUUCCGAUUAGCCACCGCAUUCACGUGGUGCCUUCUCAUCGCAUCCACAACAGCAGCCCGGUUUGAGGUGAGAAACGAGAUAACCAAAUACCCGGGACGAGACCGGCGUCUCUCGUUUAGAUGUUGGUCGUCUAAUAACCAAUUGGGGAACCAGGAUCUCAAACCGGGCGAAUCCAAAAGCUGGUCCUUCACGCCAGUAUAUAUCAAGAUACCGUUCCUCUACACAUACUUUCAGUGCACCUUCUUCACCGCUUUUGGCUCGCCUUAUGGUCAGACCCUACCGGUUUUCGCCGGUGAGAGAAAGUUCAGGUGGCAAUGCGACAAUCCCGAGGAGGAAGAGUGCAUUUGGGUGGUCAAGAGAGAAGGUGUUUUUCUAAGGAAGAUCACAAGAGACAAUCAUGGCCAAAGGCUCUACGAAGACGAGUUGAAACUGUCUUGGAUCGGCGGUACUAACUACCACCCGGUUCAAGAGGAGGAUACUUAA